CGGAACAGCACGGAGAGCUUGGGCUGAAGUAUCUAAAUCUAUCUGUGGCAGCACACACCACGGCAAAAAAAAAAACUUCGCCAGUUCGUACUUCUCUCUCGUCGAUAAACCAAACUGGAAUAUUCUACCCGGGCGAUUUAUACACUAAAUGGAAAGCUACGCGUUGUUACUACCUGUUCCCUGCAUGGGUUUGUGUGGAUUCUAUAUGCUCAGUGAGGAGAUGUUAUAACUGAUGAAUGGACAGUUAGGCAGUCCCUGCCUGUAGUCAUCCAACUAGUUUAUGGAGCACCGGCUUGCCGCAUGUUGCAUCCAUGGCACAGGAUGGAAAUGGCGUGAUAUCGCGGCAGCCCAGGUCUCUGACCAGGUCAUUGCGGCAGUCUAGCGGCCGGCAGCCUAUAGGCCAGCAGCCCCGAAUCGUUGACUUUCCGGCCCUACAAAGCGCUCCUCCCGAGAGACGGGCGCCGGGGAACGAAUACGUUUAUGAACCAGGCAAUGAGCUUCUCAACAAUACAAGGAAUAACAAUGACAACCCAGCCCAGCCCCACUUGCUGUCGGGAAGUCAUCAUCACCGAAACAACAGAUCAACUUUUAUUGUCGUGUCGGACAACGGCAAGACCAAAGUUUUAAAAUACGCCAAACGAGAAGUGAGUAGGACUAGCGAAGAAAGCGACUCGAGCGCCCAGACUACAACUCCUCUGCGCUGUUACGACAGCAAUAUCCCCAUCGCUUGUCAAGCUUGCGGGAAAUGUUGCUGCGACAAGUGCAGGACUAGAACAGAUUUUCCUCAAACCUGGCUGUGCGGGAGGUACAAAUGCUCGGCAGAGAACACGUUGGAAUAUUGCACCUGUCUAUUCUGUGUGAAAGGAUUAUUUUACCAUUUCGCGGACAGCAACCACGAUGAUUAUUCGUGGGGUGACAAACCAUGUUCAUGCGGGGAUAAGAAAUGUUGUAUGCGAUGGUCCAUUAUGGGAAUGAUCUCCCUUGUGUUGCCUUGUCUCUGGUGUUACCUGCCUGGGCGAGGGUGUAUAUCUUCCUGCAAACUCUGCUUCGCGAGGGACGGUUGCAAGUGCAAGGAAUCGGAGUACGAGACUUUGUAGCAUCAUCCUCGUCGUCAUCGUCACCCUGGGCCGACUUCAUUCUCAGCAAACUCACUAACAUCAUGUCCAUUCGACACCACAACCGGCCGGCAGGGUGCCUAGUUUCACGCCGCAGGGCCGCGGUUACUGUACACCCCAUGGAGUCAAUGACAUGCAUCGCCACGUGGCCACUACGGCAGAAUUUCCGUAACCCAAGGAUACUAUAUCAGUGCGGUGGUUGUAGAAACGACUCUCCUGUUGCAGCAGCAGAAGCAACCCUUCCAACGAUUGCUACGUUGCCACGCAACCUAAGAAAGCUGGUACCAUGGUAUCUUCCAGAACACCAGGGAUAUAUUGCAUCCACCUUGGCAGGAUUUCUCCGAUGUAGACACCUCGUGUGGAUGAGACCAAAUCGGUAGCGAUCUCAAGCCUUGAGAGAGAAAUUGUACACACAAUACCCCCACUGGUCAGUUGUAAUUACGACCAUGUAAAUGACCGCCUCGUGGUGGGUGACCAGCGUUAGGAUUGAAUUAUAUUAUUAUUGAUGGGAAACAUGGUGCAAUUUUGAACACUAUACACCUAGAUAGUGUGCUAAAUAUAAUAUGUAUAAAAUGUACGGUUAAAAAGAAGUAAGUAAAACCAAUAUGUCUUGUGUUCCUAUAAUAAUAAGACAAACCGAUUACAGGCCACGACGAAACGAAUCUCACUUAACUUCCAUGAAUGAAAAAGGAAACAUGAGGUGAAACUGAAAAACAAGUGAAUCACACGGGGCCCCCCUCAAACCACUUAUGUCAAAUUGACCUCCACCAAAUUCCCGCGUUUUUUUUGCAGCUUGCUUCACAAACCUCGUGUUAACAAACACUGAGUCAGGUUCAGUGUUUGUACAAAGUCUCGUCCCCACACACUACUAUCUCAUAUUUCAUCAUCAUCUCUUUGCUCUGUAUCUGAACUUCGGGCAGGAUGUUAUCCCCUCGAAUUACACUUUUUCAAAUAAGGUGUCCACUCAUAGGUCUAUAUUAAAAAUAAAAUUAAAGUGAAUCUAUACACUUUGUAUUUAUACAUGUACAUACAUAUUCUAUACAUACAAGUGUAUAUAUUCACUGGAACGACACGCGUGGAAUAUGCGUUAGGUCACGUGGUCGGUUUGUUAUUAAAGUCAUUGGGUUAUAUUUUACAGUAGGACUGUCACAGUUUUUAAAUAUCAUAUGAACAAGUUGUAUAACCUAUGGUAUUAUAUAGUGCGUAUCUGAUCGGAUUGUUUAUUGAAACCAGUUGUAAGAAAGCACCAAGUUCUUAUUAUAAAUAGAGGAUUCCUCCCCGAGAAUGCAUUUAUUGUAACUUAUAGUUUAUUGAAAUCAUGUCCGGACAGCAUUCAUCCCGUGAAAAACCAAGUUGUGAAAACAACCAUUACAUCAGUUUUUUUCCUGUAUUGUACACAAGGUGAUCGUGUUGCUCUAUUCAAUUGCAGCAUAUAACUAAACGCCUGUCGAUGUGCUGGGUUUCCGGCGGAUUUACAUGAACACAAUGCGUUGGGUUUCAAUGGGUUUGCAAACGGUAUUGAGUGCCAGUCAAUAUCCCAUUCACAACAAUUGGAAGAGAAAAAAAACGGGUUCAGCUGCAGUUCCGUGCGAAAGAGGUCUUUUUGCCUGGGGGUGAGGUAAGCUUGUCCUGUCGUUGGACCGUAAAGCGAGAGUCAUUAGUGGUGUAUAAAAACAUGUGAAUCCAACCAGUGUUGGUUUUUACACUGUUUUUCUGCAAGUUUGAAUUCACCUAAAGUCCCCAGAUACACGGGCAGUACGAGGCUGCAAUACCAAGUAAUUCUUAGCUAUUUUUAAAAUUUAUUUAUCAGCAACAGUUGGAAGAAAAUCAGGGAUUUUUGGUGCAUGUUGGGGUUUUCUGCACUCUGUAUAAUUCAUGCAUGCGUGCACAAUUCUCUGAGCAUUAUAUGACAAGCAAGGGGGUACAUGCAGCACUCAGCACGGCCAUCAAACACAGUAGUGUGGGCGGCCGUAGUUGGGUUUUUGUUCGGCGUAGUCGCGAUGUUAUUCAACACAGCCCUACCGACCGGGUAUAAAUUUCUCAAACGGAAUAAUAAAAAUGUCCCCGGCAAAAAAAAAUCUUAAAAGGCACAGGUUUCUUUGUGCAGUUAAGGUUUUUAUAGUCCUGUUAAAUCAACCAGAAAACUCAAGCGACACCGUGCCGAUUUCCCACCAGGGAUUUUCACACAUUUUCCCUCCCUUUUACCCCAGUUGAUCCGACCGAACGUUUCCAGACAAUGCAACCGAAAAGAUUAAAAACAAAUUCUGCUUAUUUUGGUUUUCCAUGCACGCGAAUCCAAACCCAAUACUUUCAGGUCUCAGGCGGACAUGUUUUGCUUGUAUUAAUAUUCCUCAGACCGGCCCAGAAGUUUAAUUCAG